AUGGCUACUGAUCCUUCGGAAGCUUCUGCUGACACUGUCGUCAUCGGGGAGCCCAUGCCCAAUGCCGGCUACUCGAAUCAGACUGACAUCGUCGUUCCCACCGGGUCUCCUACCGGCAGUGAGCUUUCUCAAUGGGUGUGGAACGCGUACGCCAACCCUCUCCCGGAACGGCUCAGUCGCAAGAGAGUCUGGGGCAACAAGAAGAGGCAAGUUGUUGAGGAUGAGUUCGACUGGCCCGAGAAAGAGGGUUCCAACAAGAACAAGACUGCGUAUACCUUUCUUAGGAAUGAUGUACCCACUUCCAAGGGUACCAUCAACGAGGAGCUUGAGGCUGGCAGCGUCUCCGUCCUGAACAUCAUUCGCGACAAGGGUGGUCUGGGGAAGCCCAAAAUCAUUGCCGUGGGACAGAAACGCACGCCUAUCAGCAGGUUCACUUUCGCAGAAUUUCCCGGUGGAAAGGUGAAUGACGAAGACGAAAGCAUUCUCCAUUCUGCCGUUCGAGAGAAUCACGAGGAGACGGGGCUUCCUGACGUGUUCGACAUCAGCAAUGACUCGGAGAAGGAUCGAUGGCGCCUGGUCAACUCUCGUGUCCCCAAAGCCACCUACAAUUCGAAUUCGGGGCAAGUCGCGAUUGGAGGAUCCGGGAGCAAGCUUGCCAUUCUUGAAUGGGAGACCGACGGAUCGAUCAACACGGACAGGGAUCUGCCGGCACUGACGAAGCUGAGCCCGGGCGAGAAGGCGAGGCGCCUCAAGCGAUUCGUCUACCCCCUCGUUUCGGACCGCAGUGAGCCCAUGCCGACGUCUGUGGGCUCCACUCUCGUCGAAGCGGCUGCUUGA